AAUGAAAUUUCGAUGGCUAUUGUUGAUCAGCAGUGUACUGGUUGUUGCGAUUCAAAAUGUCCAACCGGCUAAGAUUCUGGGAGUCUUCCCAACGACCGCCAAGUCACACUACAUCGUGGGAUCGGCCUUGAUGAAGGCGUUGGCCAAAAAAGGUCAUGAGAUGACUGUGAUAAGCCCGUUUCCUCAACAGAAGCCUCUAAAAAAUUACCGUGAUAUCACGACAACUAAGACAUGGGCUGCUGUUGAAUCGCUCGUUGCAAACCUGUUGGGCAUGGCCAAGCAAGGUCCCAUAGAAAGCAUCAAAGGGGUUUAUGAUUUUGGACACAGAGUAACCAAUAGCACGCUGACCGAUCCUGCCGUGCUGGCUUUUAUCAAUUCAAAUGAAAAAUUUGAUUUGAUAGUACUGGAGAUAUUCAUGAACGAUGCCAUGAUAGGUUUUUGUCACCUCUUCAAGGCGCCAUGCAUCGGAAUAUCCACAUUUGGAGCCUCCAAGUGGACAACUGACUUGGUAGGAUCUCCAUCACCUCCUUCCUACGUUCCGAAUCCGUUCCUCGGUUUUUCGGAUCGAAUGACCUUCAAGGAACGAUUGAUCAACACCUUGACGAGCGGUACGGACAUCGUCGUUGAACACGUUCUGGAUAAUCCUGCCCAAACUGAGAUGUACAUGAAGGCAUUCCCUGAUCCAAAACCUCCACUCGCCCAGCUGAAGAAAAGUGCUAUUUCACUGGUGCUGCUAAACAACCACUUUUCGCUCAACUACCCUAGACCGUACGUUACCGGUAUGAUCGAGGUUGGCGGAAUGCACAUCAAUCGGGUCCCCAACCCACUUCCGGCCGAUAUUCAAAGCUUCAUCGAUAACGCCACCGACGGGGUGAUCUACUUCUCAAUGGGCUCAAACAUCAAGGGCAAAGAUCUGCCAAAAGAGAAACGCGAUGCAUUCCUGAAAGUUUUCUCGAAACUCAAACAGAAAGUACUGUGGAAAUGGGAGGAUGAGAACCUUCCAGGCAAGCCAUCGAACGUGCUCAUUCAGAACUGGUGGCCUCAGGAUGAUAUCCUGGCACACCCCAACGUAAAACUCUUCAUCACUCACGGCGGACUUCUGAGCACUACGGAAUCGUUGUACCACGGAGUGCCAGUCAUCGGAAUUCCUGUCUUUGGCGAUCAAUACCUGAAUAUGGCCAAAGCAGAGCGUGGAGGCUACGGAUUGUCUGUUGCAUAUGCGGAAAUAUCCGAGGAACGAGUUUCUACGGCGAUCAAUACGAUCUUGCAUGACCCGCAGUUCAAAGUUAAUGCACAGGCUAUAUCUCAGCGGUACCGUGACCAACCUAUAAACCCUCUCGACCUGGCUGUAUAUUGGACGGAAUAUGUCCUCCGUCACAAAGGUGCGCCACACAUUCGGACUGCCUCGAUGGAUCUUAACUUGGUACAGUACCACAAUCUGGAUGUAUUGGGUUUACUCAUAGGGGUACCCAUUCUUGUUGUUCAUUUACUCGUUAAACUGAUUUGCCGAAAGAAAUCCAUGAAGCCUUCCAAAAAUUUGAACGAUCGAAAGAAGCGAAACUAGCGCUAAGCGAUCAUAAGAACAGUAUUAUGCUGA